AUGGUUCUAAAGACAUAUGAUACUACUGGGAAGAAAGCUGUUGUGACUAAACAAUUAACUCCAAAAUCAUUUGCAAAAUUUGGAGAUAUAAUUUCAGCAGAUCAUCAAAUUGGUUUAAAAGAACAAUCAAGUGCAAAUUAUGGUACAGCUGUUAAAGUUCAUAAAGUUGCUAAGGUAAUAAAUAAUUCAUCAAAUGCCAAGUCAGGCGUGAAGGCUCAAGCUAAUUGGAAUAUAUUUAGAUGUUCACCGCCAAAUCAUUUAUUUCAAAAAAAUUCAGAUGGGAAUAUUGUAUAUCUUUCAAAAGUUUUAGAAAGACAUCCAUAUAGCACCCAAACAUUCUUGCCUAUGGGUGUUGAUAAGGAAAAAGAUGCAUAUAUUGUUAUAUGUGCUAAAUCAAGAAAAGGCAUAAUAGAAGAUUCAUUACCUGAUCCAGAUACCUUAGAAGCUUUUAUAUGUAAAGGGAACCAAGCUGUGACAUAUGGUGCAGGAACAUGGCAUGCACCAAUGGUUUCAUUAGUUGAUAACCUUGAUUUCGGUGUAUUGAUACACGAGAAUGGAAUAGCAGAUGAAGAUUGUCAGGAAUGUUAUUUUGAACCUGGUUAUAAUGUUGUUAUUAAGAGCCAUCUGAGCUCAAAAUUAUAG